AUGUUCGAGGUCCCUGACGCAAAGCGGGUUCGGCGUGAAGACCUGUAUGAUGAGCUGGCGUCGGACAGCGACCGCGCCAGCCAGGAUGAGGAGGCGGCCAGGGAGCUGCGAGGCAAGUUGAGUGCCCAGCUGUCCGGCCUGCUGGACUUUGACUUCUCCUCAGAUGAAAGGGCGGCCCAGCCGGCCAAAGAAGCCAGGUCUCAGGAGCAGGCUGGAAAUGGUAACGCUGGGGCCGAGGACGCAGACGCCGAUGAACCUGAUGAGCUUGCUUUUGAGUUCAGACUCUUCCGUGACGAGGCCCCCACCCACACCAUUGUCAUCGACCAGCAUGACGACCAAAAAGCGUCGGGCGAAGGGGCAUUUGUCGUCCCCAAACGGCCCAUGUCCUAUUAUAUGACCGAGGGGCCAGACAGUGAUGCUUUGAACCGCAUCAGGUCUGCCGCCGUAACACCUGAUUUCAUCUUCGCAGAUGCGAAACGAAGACGGUGGGGGCUAGAGAAGCCGUGGCGAGUCACUCAUAUCACUAUUACAGCGAAGGGUGGUCCCCAGGUGGAACCAAAAGAGGACGAUCUCACAGAAGGCAAGAGGAAACGGCCAGGGAAGAAGAGGAGGAUCAUCCUGCGCACGCGGGCCAAGGCGAAGGCAGAAAAGGAGGAGGCCGCAAAGAAGACCCUCCUGGACAAGGAAGAACACCUGAAAGAGAAGAAGAAACGGCUCAACCGCGAGAAGAAGCUGAAGCGCAGGGCCAAGGAGAAGGAGAAGAAGGCUGCCACCAAGGGAGACGGCCAGAACGCGCCUACUGAGGCCGCACCCGACAGCACAGACGGUGAUGAUUCGGAGGCUUAG